CUUAUCUACAUUUUAUUAAUAUUUAUCUGAAUACUAUAUUAAUAAUUUAACAGUUUAUUUUCAAUAUUUUCAUCUUUCUGUAUUUUAUAAACUGUGUGUUUUGUCAAUAUAGACAAACUGUUGAUGGAAUAAACAACUUCUGCUUAUUGGAAGACAAUGGGGAAGAUCAAGAACAGAGAAAAGCCUGGUCCGGACAAUCAUGUUGAGAAAACUACUGAUGCAAAAGCAGAGAAUACAAGAGACAAAGAAGAAUUAGAAAUACGCUUGCAAAGACUUGAGAACUUACAUAAUCAAGGGUCUGAUAAUAUAUAUAAAUAUUUAUUCUUUAUUACACUGGCUGUGCUGCUAGUAGCUCUCACUUAUCCUAAGCUGGAACAUUUCUUAAAAACUAAAGAUGCUGAAAAUGUUGACGUUAAACGUAUAACAGUUGAUAAUGUACAAACAGUGAACAAUGAAAUUCACAAAAGGAAUGAAAUUGAUGACACAGGGGAAUAUUUUGGAAGAACUGAUGAAGAUGAUGAUGGUGAUGAGCAUAGGGACUCAGUAUUACAAAGGAAUGUGACAGAAGCAAAAGAAACAACAAUAAUUAAAGAGGAAAAUGUAUUUCACAGAAAAUCACAUGUUUCCAUAGAAGCAUUGUCUGCAGAAAAGAAUAAAAAGCUGGAAACAGAUGUAAAAGCAUCAAUUAAGAAAACAGAAGACACCGAACGUGGGGCUCACGUGUCUAAGAAAAAUGGAGAUCUGAUGAUUGAUGAAGACGAUGGAAUGAUUUCUCUUGAUGACGAUAUAAAUGAGGUUUCAUAUAAAGAAAACAAUGAAGGGGACAGAACUGAAAAGGUCAUUCUUCAUGAACUUCCUAUUAAAAUGGAUGGUGUAGAUGAUGGUAAAGGUACAAAUGAUGAUGCAGAAGAAGUUAAAUUGACUAGGAAAACAUUGGUGGAUGAUACACAAAAGGUAGAAGGAAAAGAAGGUGACAAGGAGUCCAAGACUUUGGGAAAAGCUGAAAAGAAAACUAAAGACUCAAUAGGGAAAUCAAAAAAGACAACUAAUAAAGGAAAGAAACAGAAAAAAGAAGACAAUGAUAAAGAUGUAGAAGGCAACUUAGCAGAUAAGGAACUACCAGAGGAAAUAAGGAACUUUAAGGCAAGUUAUCAAAGGGAGCUUACUCCAAAGAAGAUAUUUGCUGAUGGGAGAAGGAUUCCGCCAAUGGAACUGUUGGCUCAGAAGGAACAUAAUAGCAGUGUCAGAGUCUGGUUGUUUGAAGAAUUUCUCUCGAAUGAGGAAUGCGAGGGUCUGAUCCGAGUGCAUGACAGGCACGUACAGGAGCUGUCAAAGGACAAUCCCAUCCUCUGCUUUGACAGCAUAGCGACGCUCCGUAAACACCUGAAGAAUGUAAAGAUACAAAUCAACGUUUCACCACGAGACUUCACGCAAGGGACAACAUGUGUCAAUGCAUCUUUCUCGGGUCAACUUCAAGAUUGGUUAAAAGGCAACUGGAGCUAUAGCACGGCCUUUUAUCCGGGGGAAAGCCGGUUUGCCGCAGUGUUUGAAGACCGGGUAAAGCAAGCAACCGGUUUGAUGCCAGAAAAUGGCGGGAAAUUUCAAAUCACGUCUUACCCAACAGGAAUCGGUUACAAGUCACACACAGACUGCACUGAGAAUGUUUUGGACGAGCGAGACCGCGUUGCAACCAUCCUUGUCUACCUAGACACCAUUGAGGAGGGUGGGGGAGGCGAGACAGACUUCCCAGAGUUGGGAAUAUGGGCUCGGCCCCGGAAAGGUCGGGCCAUCGUGUGGAACAACAUGAGCCCAGGAGGCUUGUGCGAACCCCUGUCUGUACACAGCGCCAAUAAAGUAAUCAAGGGACGCAAAGUCAUAUUGCAGAGAUGGUACUACUACAAGAGUUUUUUUUCACUCGGCAAGCGCCCCCCAGAGCCCCCACUUCCUGUGCGAGUCCCAAACACUCCGCGCGUGUCAUGUGACGAGUACGAGAACGGGAGCUGUCGCUGGUACGACGAGUGGAACUUUGAGCAUCUGAUCGAGUAUGAGCGCCGAAAAUACACUCUAGUGUAAAUCUAACAUUCUUUUGUAAAUACCACUCCAUUGAAAUUAAUAGUUUUCUGUAUUACUUUAUAAAUAAGUCUAUGUAUCAGUUUUAAGUCAUUGUAAUUAUGUGAAUUUUUAUAUAUAUUUUUUAUUUUUUCGGUAUAUUUUGUGUAAAUGAUGUCCUAUAAACCAUAGUAAAUGAACUGUAAUAGAUUAUCCCUAAUGCCUUUAAAAUUAUUAGUAUUCUUUUUUUAAUCAAUGUUGCUCUCCGCUCUUACUUUGCUUGAAAAUUUCAUUGAAUUUACAAAAAAUAAUAUUGUAUGAUUGAUUUCAUCAUCACUAUUGUAUACUGCCAUGUGACAAUUAUUUAUGAUUGUAUGCACUAAACACGAUGUACAUUUUACAUACGUAAAAGUCUCAAUACAUUGUCUGUUCUGUUCUUUUAAGUAUGUAUGGAAAAUAUCCUCUAGUGUUAAUGGGUGUAGAAAAUUUACCCUAGUGUAAAUGUGUGGUGAAAAUACGCUCUGGUGUGUAGACAAUAAUCUCUGGUGUAAAUGUGUAUGGAAAAUACACUUUCAUGUAUAUGUGCUUAGAAAAUACAAUCUUGUGCAAACGGUGUAGAAAAAACAAUCUAGUGUUUUAUGUGUUUGAGUGGGAUAUACACUCUAGUGCAAAUGUGUGUUGAAAAUACACUAUGAUGUAAAUGUGUUUACAAAAUAAACUCUAACGCAAAUGUAUGUAGAAAAUACAUGAUAUUGUAAAUAUA